CCUAAUUCUGCCAAAUUCAGUUUCAGCCUCGAAAAACCUAUCUCUCUCUCUUUCUCUCUUUAACGUUUUUGCCAUUCAACAGCGAUCGCUCCAUCAUCAUCAACGUUCCUUUCUCUGACACCUGAGGGCUAUUGCAUUCUAAGGAGAUGUCUCCUGCAUCCCGGUCCAAGUCUAAAGACAAAAAGGCAAAUAAGGAAGCUCAGAAGGCUUCUGCAAAGCCUGCAGGAUCUGGUAAUGCAGUACCUGUUAUUCCCGCAAGUGCAUACAACCCAUUAUUAGGAACAUUCCAUACUCUGGAAACAUCACCAACAGCUUCUACCUCACCCAUACAUUCUAAUGGUCGUUUUCGGAACAUAGAUGAGACAGAUGAACAUCCUGGAAGCUCAGUGGUAACUGGUGUUGAGUAUGACUCUGUUUCUAAUAAUGAUAGUUGGUCUGGUGAGUCUGAAGAUCAAAAAGAUAAAACUUCUAAUCCUCCCGUCCGACUGGAAUCAGUACCAGGAGCUGAUAAUGACAAGCGAGAGAAAAUACGCCAGAAGAAUGAGAAAAAACAUCAGCGGCAGAAGGAAAGGCGAGCACAAGAGUUGCAUGAGCGGUGCAGUGGUUAUCUUAUGUCAAGGAAACUUGAGGCACUUGCUCAACAGCUUGUAGCAAUGGGAUUUUCUCAUGAACGGGCAACAAUGGCACUGAUAUUGAACGAAGGUAGGGUGGAGGAAUCAGUAGCAUGGCUGUUUGAAGGUGGUGAAGAAGCAGAUAAUCACAAGGAUAAAAACAUAGGUAGGAGCAAUUUGAAAAUUGACAUAUCAGAAGAACUUGCUCGGAUUGCAGACUUGGAAACCAGGUAUGGUUGCUCAAAACAGGAAGUUGAACGAGUGAUAGUUACUUGUGAGGGUGAUCUUGAGAAGUCUGCUGAGACCUUGAGAGAAUUGAAGCAUGAUCCUCCAUCUGCACCACCAAAGUCAGAGGAAACUGGUGAUCCUCCUAUUAUUAACAAUGGCAAGCAGUCAGUAGUUGUGAGUCAGAGCUCAAGGCCGCAAACAAAAUCUCUUCCUUCUCCGAAUCAACCCAAAAGAGAUGAAAAGGAUUUUAACUAUACAAAGGCAGGGCUUACGAUUGGAGUACCCUCAGAAACUAGUAAUAGAAAUAUGCAACCUCUAAAGAAAAUCCCGCCUAAGUCUGAAUGGGCAAAGCCACAACAGGCUACCAUUCCAGCUGACAAAAGGUGGCCAAGUUCAGGUUCUAAUCCUUCAGUUUCUUAUUCAUUGGCAUCACCUUUGCAGGUGUCACCCCUACCUGCUAAGACUGAAUCUCGCUAUAUAUCUGUUGGAGGUGAUUAUAAGAACCUUCAACCUGGAGUAGCUAGAGAACCGGUAAUCGUGAUGCAGCGGCCCCAAACUGUAAAUGCAAAGCAGGUUCCAGCCACAAGCAUGAGUUCAUCGCCUCCUGGAAUAGCUGCCAGUUGGUAUCCAAGUAACAGUGUAGAAGCUAUGAGGUCUAAUGGCUUUAUAUCUCACGCCCCUAGCACUAGAAGCCUCAGUUCAAACUAUCUCAAUUCUAAUCAAAUGUACCAACAACUUCAGUAUCAACCUCAACAACAGUUUGUCGCUGGCAUUAGCAAUUCAGUAGAUCCACAAGCAACCAACCGAGGGAAUGGCAUUUGGAAUAGAACCGGUGCAUCUCCAACGCUUGCUGCUGCUUCUUCUCUUGGACUCUUUUCCGGGCUAGGAUCAGCAGCCACAUCUGGGGCAUCUUCUCCUGUAGACUGGAACACUGGUGGGUCAAUGCAGUUCGAUUAUACCAACAUAGACUGGUCCCUGGAUAGAGGUAUAUCUUCACCAAGGUCAAAUGCUUUAUGGCUAGGACUUUCACCUUUUUCAAAUCGUAGUACUCAUAUGUAUGACUCAAAUGCUUCUGGAGUUGUUGCUCAACCGUCAAUGAGAUCAGUAUCUAAUGGGAACGUUGUUCCCAUGCCUGGAUUGCAAGAUGGUGGGGUAGCUUCUGCCGAAACAUCUGCCGCUGGUUCUCGGGAGUGGAGUUCUCCAUUUGAAGGGAAAGAUCUUUUUAGUUUACCGAGACAGUUUGUUUCUUCUCCUUCUCUGUAGAAUGAGACGAGAGAAAGUGAAUGAAUAAAAUGAAAGAAAGACCGAAAUGUGUGUGUGGAUUUGAUGUUGGUUCUAAUGAUUCUACAGUUGAUGAUUAUUG